ACACGUUACGUUUUAUCUUCACCUUUUCCCCCCUCUCUCUGUCCAAAUCUAUAAACAUCUCAUUCUCCUACUCCUAAAUCCUAACCCUUUUCUCUACCAUAUUAUAAAAAAAAAUUCAUGUAAUUCCUAUAAAUUAAUAUAAGUUACUGAAAUGAAGCUUCAGUUAUGAUUUAGAUUAGAAUAAACAAUUACAAUAGUGGAGCAUGCAGAGAAGGAAAACACACUCACAACACAAAGACAUUAGGGUUCCUAUAUUCUUUUCCAUUUAACCCCAAGCCAGUGGACUCAAGCUACCCCUGAACCGUGUCCGUGUGUCACAAAGUGCCACUCUCAAAGGGUCACUACUAAGAGAAGGAUAGAGAACGAAGAGGCAAGCUGUAACAAAAGGGCUUCCCUUCUUUCUCUUUCUUUCUCUUCAAAUAAUAGAACAAAAGAAAAAGACAGCAUUUUUUUUAGCUCUCCACUACGGAGAGAAAGCUGAGACAUUGGGGCUUUAUCCUUUUGUCUCCUCUAUCUCUCUGUCUCUAUUCUUUUCCCCCCAUACCUUGAAAAGUUUCUUCUUUGAUCGCUCUAUCGAGUAUAUAAGCCUCUUCCCCACCGACCCACUUCAUAUUUUGAGUCAAUCUUCGGUUUGAAAUUUCCGGGGGGGUGGCUUAACGCCCAAUUGUGACGGAUGAAGCAAAUCGGUGCAUGAGAAGGAAGAAAAACUUGGAGGGGUUUUAAAGGACUAGUUUGGUUUUGGGACUGUUGGGGUGGUUUUGUUGAAGAGAAAAGUGGCUUCUUUGAUGAGUUUUGGGGGUUUUUUGGAGAACAAGUCAGGUAGUGGCGGUGCCAGAAACGUUUCAGACAUUCCUUACAACAACGAUAGAAUGCCCUUUGGUGCAAUCUCUCAGCCACGCCUCGUGACCACUACUACUCCCACUUUGGCCAAGUCCAUGUUCAACUCUCCGGGGCUGUCUCUGGCACUUCAGCAAACCAAUAUAGAUGGCCAAGAGGAUGUGAAUAGAAUGGAUAACUUCGAACCAAACGGUUUGAGAAGAAGCAGAGAGGAGGAACAUGAAAGCAGAUCUGGCAGCGACAACAUGGACGGCGCCUCCGGCGAUGAACACGACGCCGCCGACAACCCUCCCAGGAAAAAACGCUAUCACCGACACACUCCCCAACAGAUACAAGAGCUUGAAGCGUUGUUUAAGGAGUGUCCUCAUCCAGAUGAGAAGCAAAGGUUGGAACUUAGCAAGAGGUUGUGCCUGGAAACUCGACAAGUGAAGUUUUGGUUCCAAAAUCGGAGGACCCAAAUGAAGACGCAACUGGAGCGGCACGAGAACACGUUGCUGAGGCAAGAGAACGACAAGCUGAGAGCAGAAAACAUGUCCAUUAGAGACGCCAUGAGGAACCCCAUGUGCUCCAAUUGCGGUGGUCCAGCCAUCAUCGGAGAAAUUUCGCUUGAGGAACAGCACCUUAGAAUUGAAAACGCGCGUUUGAAGGACGAACUCGAUCGCGUGUGUGCACUCGCGGGGAAGUUUCUGGGUCGACCCGUUUCCUCUUUGCCGAACUCAAGUUUGGAACUUGGCGUUGGAGGGAAUAAUAAUGGGUUUGGAGCAACGUUGCCUUUGGGACAAGAUUUUGCAAUGCCUAUGAAUAUGACUAUGUCGAAUAAUGCUUUGGCUAUGGUGUCUCCAACGAGUGCUAGGCCAACGGGUGUUGUGGCUGGCUUUGAUAGGUCGGUGGAGAGGUCUAUGUUUCUUGAACUUGCUUUGGCUGCGAUGGAUGAGUUGGUGAAGAUGGCACAGACUGGGGAGCCUCUUUGGGUGAGGAAUGUUGAAGGGGGGAGGGAGAUUUUGAACCAUGAAGAGUAUGUUAGGAGUUUCACUCCUUGCAUUGGUUUGAGACCAAAUGGGUUUGUGAGUGAGGCCACUAGGGAGAAUGGGAUGGUCAUCAUUAACAGUUUGGCACUUGUUGAGACUCUUAUGGACUCGAAUCGAUGGGCAGAGAUGUUUCCUUGUAUCAUUGCGAGAACCUCUACUACUGAGGUGAUAUCUAAUGGAAUAAACGGGACAAGGAAUGGAGCACUUCAAUUAAUGCAUGCGGAACUUCAAGUUCUUUCACCUUUGGUGCCGGUUCGUGAGGUGAAUUUUCUAAGGUUUUGCAAGCAGCAUGCAGAAGGGGUUUGGGCUGUGGUGGAUGUGUCCAUAGAUAGCAUCCGAGAAAGUUCAGGAGCACCCACUUUUGUCAACUGUAGGAGGCUUCCUUCUGGUUGCGUGGUGCAAGAUAUGCCCAAUGGUUACUCCAAGGUGACAUGGGUGGAGCAUGCAGAAUAUGAUGAGAGCCAAGUUCACCAGCUCUAUAGACCAUUGUUGAGUUCAGGCAUGGGGUUUGGUUCCCAACGUUGGGUCGCUACCCUUCAACGUCAAUGCGAGUGCCUUGCCAUUUUAAUGUCCUCAGCAGCACCCUCUAGAGACCAUUCCGCAAUAACAGCGGGUGGAAGGCGCAGCAUGCUGAAGCUAGCGCAACGCAUGACGAACAACUUCUGCGCCGGCGUGUGCGCCUCCACCGUGCACAAGUGGAACAAGCUCAGCCCCGGCAACGUCGACGAGGACGUAAGGGUCAUGACGCGCAAGAGCGUNNNCGACCCCGGGGAGCCACCGGGGGUCGUGCUCAGCGCCGCCACCUCCGUCUGGCUCCCCGUCUCCCCCCACCGCCUCUUCCACUUCCUCCGCGACGAGCGCCUCCGCAGCGAGUGGGACAUCCUCUCCAACGGUGGCCCCAUGCAAGAAAUGGCCCACAUCGCCAAGGGCCAAGACCAUGGCAACUGCGUCUCUCUCUUAAGAGCCAGCGCGAUAAAUUCCAACCAGAGUAGCAUGCUGAUACUGCAGGAGACAUGCAUCGACGCGGCGGGGUCGCUUGUGGUGUACGCGCCAGUGGAUAUUCCAGCCAUGCACGUCGUAAUGAACGGUGGCGAUUCUGCUUACGUGGCCUUAUUACCUUCGGGUUUCGCCAUUGUCCCCGAUGGGCCGGGCUCUCGUGGGCCCACCGCCACAACAAACGGCGCUGAUAACGGUGGGGCGCGCGUGAGUGGGUCCCUCCUAACGGUGGCCUUUCAGAUCCUUGUCAAUAGUCUCCCUACGGCCAAGCUCACGGUAGAGUCCGUGGAAACCGUGAACAACCUCAUCUCCUGCACCGUUCAGAAGAUCAAAGCCGCGCUCCACUGCGAAAGUUAACUCACUCUCACGUGAUUGCCGUCUUGUUCGCCUCACGUGAUCCUCUUGUAAUUUUUUUUUUUUUUUGUAUUUAUCGAGGUUACUGGAAAAUGGCGUGUAAUGAAUGGGUGGCGCGUGGGAAGGGCGCGGGGUUGUUUGAGUCAAGAACGAACCGCGCGUGGGGGAAAAAGAAAAAAACUCCUUGCAUGGUGGUAAGGUUCCGAUGUGGGUCGGGUCAGGUUCCUUAACACAAGGCAAGGGUCGUGGUUCGGGUAUUGACUCGGGUGGACCUCCUUUGUUUGCUCCCCUACCAGAAAUCAAUAGGGGAAUGGGAAAAACACUAAUCAGAAAAGAAAAAAAAAAUAAGAAAAGGUUUUGUUAGUAUUUAUUAAUUAAAAUGUUAUUUUAAGUAUCGAUUGGAGUCGGUGGAGUUUUAGUUUGGUGUAUGAAAUGCAAUGGUUUUUUUUA